AUGGCUUCUCAGGACGUUCAGAGUUUCUUCCAGCCUCUUUCCUCCUGGCUGUCUCGGGUAUAUGAAGCUGUCCAACAAGCCGGCGACUCCUUAACUUCUUCCUUGAUCAGUCUGGGAAACAACGUGGAGCGCCGUACUGUGGAUGAGACAGACGAGGACGUAGAAGACAGCGAUGGGCCUUAUGAACGUUACUCUGAAGGUUCAGAAGAUGAAAGUACCUUUAGCCAGGAGAGUGAAGAAUCUGACCACUUUUCAAUAUCCAGUUGUUGUGACCCUAAGUCACUGAACUCUUCCUGUGCUUCCGGUCACUGCUGGCAAGAAGGAGAGAGGAGCAGUCUCAUCUCAGACUAUCUUGAUGAAGAUUCCUUGGCCUGCCCUGGAAUCCACCAAAGUUACAAGGGCCAUCAACCUAUGGAAGCUCUUCCCACUAUCCCAGAAGAAGAGGAGUGCUUUCAUCCCAAGCAGAGUAAGAAAUUUGCACUCGGCUGGGAUGAUCUGGAUGGGUUCAGCCAACUGAGUUUCCAAGACAACCUCUCUUAUCACGAAGAUGAUCGCCUCUCCUUCGAUUCGAGAACUGCCUCGGAGAGUCGGGGUUCCGGUCAGCCCAAAGACCCCGAGAUGGAGACCGGCGCGACGCCCAGCCUCAGCCGGCAAGAAACCGAAGGGAGUUUGGAAAUGGAGACGGCCUUUAGCAAUCAAGCCUUCGAAGGGAACGACGUGACCGACAGCUCGUCGGCCUGGAGCCCGGAGGAACCUGAUGGAGCACGUGCCCUCCCAGUUCAUCCCAGCGCCCACGAGCCCAUUUCCAAAUGCGGCGACUUAGAUGUCCUCUUUGACUACCGGCCCUCGAGCCAAAAGUUGGUUGUGACGGUCCUGGAAGCGAAAGAUAUCCCAGACAAGGACCGGAGCGGAGCGAGUACCUGGCAGGUGCACACCGUCCUGAUGCCCAGCAAGAAACAGAGGGGGAAGACGGGCGUCCAGAGGGGCCCCAGCCCGGUCUUCAAGGACAAAAUGACCUUCACCAAACUGGCCCCUGAGGAACUGAGCCGCUACGCACUCCGAUUCCGCCUCUACGCGGUACGCAAAAUGAUCAAGGAGCGGAUGAUGGGCGAGCGGCUCUUCCAUCUCGGGAGCCUCAACCAGGAGGGGGAGAUGAAGGUGACGCUGGUGCUGGAGCCCAGAAGCAACCUGCGCCGUGGAGGCUCUCAGAUCAGCCUCUCCGCCAUCUCUCAAAGCGACAGUGCCUCCUCGACCCAGUCCAUGUCUCACGGAGGGGUUCCCGAGCUGCUGGUGGGUCUCUCCUACAACGCCACGACGGGGCGGCUGUCCGUCGAGAUGAUCAAGGGCAGCCACUUCCGCAACCUUGCGAUUAACAGACCGCCCGAUACUUACGGCAAGCUCUGCCUCCUCAACUCGGUCGGCCAGGAGAUGUCCCGCUGCAAGACCUCCGUCCGCCGGGGCCAGCCGAACCCCGUCUACAAAGAGACUUUCGUCUUCCAGGUCGCCCUCUUCCAACUCUCGGACGUCACGCUGAUGAUCUCCGUCUACAACCGCCGCAGCAUCAAGCGCAAGGAGAUGAUCGGCUGGCUUUCCAUGGGGCAGAACAGCAGUGGGGAGGAAGAGCUCGGCCACUGGCAGGAGAUGAAGGAGUCCAAAGGCCAGCAGGUGUGCCAAUGGCAUACCCUCUUGGAGUCCUAA